GCUCAGAGCAUCCCUCCGCCCGCGGAGCCCGAGCUCGGGCUGCCCUUUGUUCUGGUCGCUUUCUCCUAGACUCCGGCUCCACCUCCUCCUAGACCCAGGCUGCAUCCCUCGCCUCCGGUCCUCGCUCCCGGCCCCCUUCGCUCGCCGCCCCUCCGCCCGCCACAGCUGGGUCUGCAUCCUCUUUCCCUAACGCUUCCUCCCAGAUCCAGGCCUCCCUCCUUCCCAGCGUCUCGCCCAGAGCCUGGUACCUUGCUCUGCACCCCUGCGUCCUGCGUCUUCCCGGUGGUCCGUCCUAGAAUCCCCCUUUUCCCACGGUCCGGUCGUCCGGCCGGGCCCCGCCCCUGCGCGCGGGGGAUGCCCCCCGCCGCCCCGCGCCCAUGGUCCUGACGUUGCUCUUCUCCGCCUACAAGCUGUGCCGCUUCUUCGCGAUGUCGGGCUCAGCGCCCAGUGCCGAGAGACUCGCGGUGCCCGCGCCGGGGGGCGGCGGCGGCUCUGGCCCGUGGUGGGCCGCCGGGGGCCGUGGGCCCCGCGAGGUGUCGCCCGGGGUGGGCACCGAGGUGCGCGGCGCCCUGGAACGCGCGCUGCCGGAGCUGCAGCUGGCGCUGUCGGCGCUGAAGCAGGCGUGCGGCGCGCAAGCCGUGGGCAUCGGGCUCGCCGAGGUCUUCCAGCUGGUGGAGGAGGCCUGGCUGCUGCCGGGCGUGGGCCGCGAGGUCGCGCAGGGUCUGUGCGACGCCAUCCGCCUGGACGGCGGCCUCGACCUGCUGCUGCGGCUGUUGCAGGCGCCGGAGCUGGAGACGCGCGUGCAGGCCGCACGCCUACUGGAGCAGAUCCUGGUGGCUGAGAACCGGGACCGGGUGGCGCGCAUUGGUCUGGGCGUGAUCUUGAACCUGGCGAAGGAGCGAGAGCCGGUGGAGCUGGCACGGAGUGUGGCGGGCAUCUUGGAGCACAUGUUCAAGCACUCGGAGGAGACCUGCCAGCGGCUGGUGGUGGCUGGUGGCCUGGAUGCCAUUCUGUUCUGGUGCCGCCGCACCGACCAGGCGCUGCUGCGUCACUGCGCGCUGGCGCUGGCCAACUGUGCGCUGCACGGCGGCCAGGCCACGCAGCGGCGCAUGGUGGAGAAGCGCGCGGCCGAGUGGCUCUUCCCGCUCGCCUUCUCCAAGGAGGACGAGCCUCUGCGGCUGCACGCCUGCCUCGCCGUGGCCGUCCUGGCCACCAACAAGGAGGUGGAGCGCGAGGUGGAGCGCUCCGGCACGCUGGCGCUCGUCGAGCCGCUUGUGGCUUCGCUCGACCCAGGCCGCUUCGCCCGCUGCCUGGUGGAUGCCAGCGACACGAGCCAGGGGCGCGGGCCCGACGACUUGCAGCGCCUCGUGCCCCUGCUCGAUUCGUCGCGCAUGGAGGCGCAGUGCAUCGGGGCCUUUUAUCUCUGCGCAGAGGCUGCUAUCAAGAGCCUGCAGGGCAAGACCAAGGUGUUCAGCGACAUCGGGGCCAUCCAGAGCCUCAAACGCCUGGUCUCCUACUCCACCAACGGUACCACUUCAGCGCUGGCCAAGCGCGCGCUGCGCCUGCUGGGCGAGGUGGUGCCACGGCCCAUUGUUCCCUGCGUGGCCAGCUGGAAAGAGGCCGAGGUCCAGACGUGGCUGCAGCAGAUCGGCUUCGCACAGUACUGCGAGAGCUUCCGGGAGCAGCAAGUGGACGGGGACCUGCUUCUGCGGCUCACGGAGGAAGAACUCCAAACCGACCUGGGCAUGAAAUCGGGCAUCACCCGCAAGAGAUUCUUUCGGGAGCUGACCGAACUCAAGACCUUUGCCAACUACGCCACGUGUGACCGCAGCAACCUGGCCGAUUGGCUGGGCAGCCUGGACCCGCGCUUCCGCCAGUACACCUACGGCUUGGUCAGCUGCGGCCUGGACCGCUCCCUGCUGCACCGCGUGUCGGAGCAACAACUCCUGGAGGACUGCGGCAUCCGUCUGGGCGUGCACCGCACCCGUAUCCUCGCGGCCGCCAGAGAAAUGCUGCACUCCCCGCUGCCCUGCACCGUCUGCAAGCCCAGUGGGGACACCCCGGAUGUCUUCAUCAGCUACCGCAGGAACUCAGGGUCCCAGCUGGCCAGCCUCCUGAAGGUCCAUCUGCAGCUGCACGGCUUCAGCGUUUUCAUCGACGUGGAAAAGCUGGAAGCAGGCAAGUUUGAGGACAAGCUCAUCCAGAGCGUCACAAGCGCCCGCAACUUCGUCCUGGUGCUCUCGGCUGGGGCGCUGGACAAGUGCAUGCAGGACCACGAAUGCAAGGACUGGGUGCACAAGGAGAUCGUGACAGCUCUGAGCUGUGGCAAGAACAUCGUGCCCGUUAUUGAUGGCUUCGAGUGGCCCGAGCCCCAGGCCCUGCCUGAAGAUAUGCAGGCCGUGCUCACUUUCAACGGGAUCAAGUGGUCCCACGAGUACCAGGAGGCCACGAUCGAGAAGAUCAUCCGCUUCCUGCAGGGCCGCUCCUCCCGAGACUCGUCUGCAGGCUCUGACACCAGUUUGGAGGGUGAGCUGGUGCAGGUGGUCGAGGAGCGACUCUCCAAGUAGCGAGACUCGAAGCCACCA